AGAAGUUGGCCCGUGGAUGUCAAUUUUGCGGCUCUGCAGACGGCUGUCUUCUUCAGCCGCAGCAAGUGCGACAAGGUCUCGCAAGCCGAUGGCAGAGGCAAAGCAAAGCACAGCCAGGAGAGAUCUGCUGCAGCAGAUCGAAGUUGACGUGCAGAAGAAAUGGGAGGAGGCCAAGGUUUGGGAAAUUGACGCCCCAGAUGGGAAGGAGGAGAAGUUCAUGUGCACCUUCCCAUAUCCUUACAUGAACGGUUUGCUGCACAUCGGCCAUGCCUUCACCAUGACGAAGGCAAUCUUCGCCGCGCAGUUCCACCGCUUGCUGGGAAAGAAGGCGCUCUUCCCCUUCGGUUUCCACUGCACGGGCAUGCCCAUCCAGGCUGCAGCCAACAAGCUGUCACGGGAGCUGGAGACCUUCGGCACCCCCUUCCCGACCUUUCCACCAGGACGUCCCACGCCCAAGGAAUCAUCGGAAGGGGUGAUAGACAUCGACGACGAGGGGGUGACCAUGACGUGGAAGGCGCCUCCUUCGACGGGCAAGAAGGCCAUCAAGGAGUACGUCGCCUACAUGCAGGUCAAGGAGGGCGACUUCAAGAAGGUGAAGACGGUGCCUCACCCGGCAGACGCCGCAGCCCUGAAGGCGCAGGGCAACAAGAUCAAGGCGGUGCUGCCAGUGGAGAGCGGCGGCUGCAGGUACAAAGUGGAGGCAGUUUUGGAGGACGGCACCAAGUGCCCGGCCAGCCCCAUCUCCGACGAGGUGUCUGUAGAUGCGGCGCCCAAGGACAAGAAGAGCGGCGCGGCAGGUGGGAAGCGCGUGGCCAAGAAGAUCUUGGCCAAGAGCGGGGAUGCGGCGUCCCAGUACGAGAUCCUGAAGGCCAUGGGCCUGUCCGCCGAGGAGAUCCCCAAGUUUGUGGAUCCUCUCUUCUGGCUGAACUACUUCCCUCCUCUGGGGGUCAGGGACUGCAAGCGCUUCGGCAUGCCGGUGGACUUCCGGCGCUCGUUCAUUACGACCUCGCAAAAUGACUUCUACGACAGCUUCGUGCGGUGGCAGUUCAGGAAGCUGAAGAAGUCUGAGAAGAUUGGCUUUGGGAAACGCCCGACCAUCUACAGCGAAAUCGAUGGGCAGGCCUGCAUGGACCACGACCGGGCCGAGGGCGAAGGUGUGGGGCCGCAGGAGUACACCGCCAUCAAGAUCGAGCUGUUAGAGCCCACGCCCGACAUGCAGAAGAAGCUGCCUAAGGGCAGUAAGGUCUUCCUGUUGGCGGCCACCCUAAGGGCGGAGACGAUGCCGGGCCAGACGAAUUGCUGGAUCCUCCCGGCCGGGCAGUACGGGUGCUUCGAAGCCCCCAACAAGGAGAUCUUCGUGACGUCCCACAGGGCGGCGCGGAACAUGAGCUUCCAGGACAUUCUGAUGCCGUGGGGCAAACCCAAGUGCAUCAUGGAGGUCUCCGGUCAAGAGCUGAUGGGUAAGAAGGUGAAAGCGCCCACCGCGAAGUACGAGUACGUGCACGUCCUGCCGCUGCCGACCAUCAAGAUGGACAAGGGAACUGGGAUCGUGACCAGUGUCCCCAGCGACUCGCCGGAUGACUAUGCCGCGUACAUCGACUUGAUGAAGUCAGACAAGAAGAGGGAGCACUACGGCGUGAAGAAGGAGUGGGUGGAGGGCUUUGAUCUGAUCCCCAUCAUUGACGUGGAGAUCGACGGGGAGAUGAGGGCCAUGGCCGCCCAGUACAUGUGUGAGAAGCUGGGGGUGCAGUCCAUCAACGACCGCGUGAAGCUGGCAGAGGCCCACGACACUUGCUACAAGCUGGGCUUCGACAAAGGCACCAUGUCGAUCGGACCGUUCAAGGGCCAGCCAGUGAAGAAGGCAAAGUUCGAGUUCCGCACGGUCAUGAUUCAAGCCAAGCAAGCCUUCAUCUACUCCGAGCCGGAGAAGAAGGUGGUUUCGCGAUCUGGCGAUGAGUGCGUGGUGGCUGCCAUUGAUCAGUGGUACCUGAAGUACGGCGCGGAGAGCUGGCGUGGUCAGAUCGAGGGCCACCUGAACAGCCCCAACUUCAUCAGCUACAACGACCGCAUCAAGGAGUCCUUCGAAGACGCCAUCGGGUGGCUGAAGGAAUGGGCGUGCAGCCGUUCCUUUGGCCUGGGAACGCAGGUCCCUUGGGAUGAGCAAUUCGUCAUCGAGUCCCUGUCUGACAGUACCAUCUACAUGGCCUACUACACCGUUGCCCACUUGCUGCACGGUGAGGGCAACCUGGAUGGGAAGAAGGGCAGCCCGGCCGGCAUCAAGGCGGCGGAUUUGACGGAUGAAGUGUGGGACUUUGUCUUCCUGAACGGGCCGGACCCCAAGAACUGCAAGAUCCCGAAGAAGACGCUGGACCAGAUGCGCAAAGAGUUCAGGUUCCGGGCGUGCAGGUUCUGGUACCCCAUGGACCUCCGGGUCUCCGGGAAGGACCUGAUCCAGAAUCACCUGACCAUGGCACUUUACAACCAUGCCUGCGUAUGGGAGAAGGAGCCAGACAUGUGGCCUCGGAGCUUCUUCUGCAACGGCUGGCUGCUGGUGAACAAUGAAAAGAUGUCAAAGUCCAAAGGCAACUUCUUCACGGUGGAGGACAUCAUCAAGAAUUACUCUGCGGACACCGUCCGUCUGGCGAUGGCCAAUUCCGGAGACACACUGGAGCCUGCGAAUUUUGACCAAAGUGUCUGCAACAAAGCUGUGCUGACACUGGCCGUGUUCUUGGACACCAUGAAGUCCAUGAUCGGCGGCAGCGAGAAGUUGGACACAGGCAGCGAGACGGCCCGCUUUGUGGACGUGUGGUUUGCCAAUGAGAUGAACAGACUGGUGCAGGAGAGCAAGAAGUUCUACGAGACGAUGUACUAUCGCGAGGCCCUGCGCACAUGCUACUUCGAGUUUACCUCCACGUUCGACCAGUACCGGGACAUCUGCAAGGCGGCAAGCGUUGCGCCGAACAAGACGCUGGUCACGAGGUACUUCGAGUGGCAGAUGAUCAUCCUGUCGCCCAUUUGCCCGCACUUCUGCGAGCACGGGUGGUCCAUGCUCGGCAAGAAGGGCACCGUCCUGGAUGCCAGGUAUCCCUCCGCCAGCAAGCCGGUGGAGGCGUCCCUGACGAAGCAGGGGGACUACAUUUUCAACAAGGUGCCGCAUGAUUUCAUCAAGCUGCAGGAGAAGGCGUCCAAGAGCGGAACUGCCAAGUCGGCGGUGGUCUACGUGGCGAAGGAGUUCCCAGAAUGGAAGAAGACAGUGCUUGCCAAGCUGAUGAGCUGCCACUCCGAGGGCAAGCUGCCUUUGAUCGCGCAGGAGGAGAUGAAGGCGAACCCGCAGGCCAGCGCCCAGUGGAAGGAGAUCAUGACCUUGCUGAUGCAGGAUGCCUCGCUGAAGCCCUUCGGCAAGCACCUGGGGCCCUUCGCCGCCUUCAAGCGCGACGAGGCGGCGGCCUUCGGGGUCUCUGCGCUGGACGCCUCGCUGCCCUUCGACGAGCUGGCGCUGAUCAAGGAGAAUGUCGCCUACCUGCAGCAAAAGUUGCAGGUGUCGGUGGAAGUGAGGGCCGCCGACUCCCCGGCGAGCCCUGAGCACCAGGAUGCGGCGACCAACGCCCAGCCCGGCAAGCCUGGCAUUCACUUCCUGGUGGAGGGAGGCAAGGCCGGCGGGGGGAAAGCCAAGGCCGCGCAGCCCGCAGCGAAGUCCGGGGGGGCCCCGAAGGCCGGCGCCGCGCCUGCCGCGCCGGGCAAGGCCAUGACGGACAUGACGGAGCUCAACAAGCACCUGGAAAGCAGGACGCGGCCCUGCCACAGCCCUAGCUCUUUUGCGCGCGCGCGCGCAAAGCACGGCUUCUUCGGCUUCUCCGGCUCGCUCCGCGCGGAGUUCAGCGUCCGCGAGGCUGUGAGCCUGCCAAGAGCUGCGAGCAACAACCCUUUGCCAUCUGAAGGUGGCGCCAACAGUGGCCCGUGGCUGAGUGUGAAGCAUGGCUGGCCUGGUGGACAUGUCAACGCCAAUCGAGCCGGCGGUGGGUUGGGGGGCCUGGGCGUGGCCGUCAUGGGCGCGCCGCGCGCGCCGUGCGCGCUGCGCCUGGUGGUGGUCCUCAGCCUCGCCUACAGCGGGCAUGCCCAGACAAUCCGCGCGCGGAAGCAGAAAGAGAAGCUGCCAGAGGGCCGCCUCAUCGUGCGGUACCCGGAAGGCUCUGGGCCGAAGCUAGCGGAGUACAUCAGGCGUCUGGAGCAGAUCGAGGGGGUGAAGCGUGCGGAGCCCCUCAGGAGUUUGGACAUGGCAGUGGUGCAGUGCCGGCCCGGCGCAGAAGAGGACCAGGUGCUGGCAGCCCUGGACGCGGAGAAGUCCGUAGAGCUUGCGGUGCCCGACAGCUGGGUGCAGGCCUUUGUGCCGGAGUCGGCGCCCUCGCCGGAAUCGGCGCUCUGCUCCUCACACCCGGAGUGCAAGGCCUUCAGCCUGCAGGGGGAGUGCUGCCCUGCGCCUGAUGGGGCGCGCAUGGCAUGCUGCGCCUCGAAGCCUCCGCAAAGGAAGCCCAGGCGCCCGCAGAGCCAGAGCACCAUCUCCCUGCAGAGCGUUCACGGGGGCUACAUCACGGUCUCCAAGAUCGGAUUCGUGGGGUGGCGGGGCAAGAAGGCGGACCCGGACGCCCAGUUUCGGCUCGAGGCGCACCCGGACGGCUACGUGUCCUUGAAGUCCAUCCACGGGACCUACUUAGUGACCAGCCCCUCAGGGCAGCUGGUGGCGUGGCACCGGGGCCACGGGGAGGCGGACGACUGGGAGAAGUUCAAGCUCAUCUACAACACCGACGCGCCUUGGGGAGCUUUUGGCAGUGCUUGCGCCCAAAAAAUCGGUAGAUGGAAUGAGACAUGGAAUGAACCCAGGCUUUGGUCCCCAAGGGAACCACCAGUUGGUUUGUUUAUAAUUAGCAUUCCAUUCCUCAUUCCCUGCAUCUUUCGCACCAGCAAAAGCAGCUGUAGCGUGUUCCAUUGGAAGGGAGCCUCUGGUGGGGUUCAGUCCUGCUCUGGAGAGGGGAAAAUUGCUGGGGAAUGGGUUGGAGGAUGCCACGCCUGGUGCUCCAGGGAAGAUACUUAUAUACACAUGUAUUUCAUAUAUGUAUAUGUAUAUAUAUAUAUACAUAUAUGUAUAUAUAGCUCUGGCCCGAGCACCUCCCGGUGGUAG